UGACGUGGCUAGCAUGCGGAAGCAAAUUCAAAACUCAGGAGUGAAGACCGAAGACAAGAUGCAUCGGCAAAGAAGAUACUUAUAAUGGCGCCAAAUUCGGGUCUCACUUGAGGUGAAGGAUGGAGACUGGGGGGACCUCCUCCAGUGGGGAGGGCUUCCUCUCCAGAAUGGCCCUCAAUGACAACAAGGCUGGAAUGGAGGGCCUUGACAGGGACAAGAUAAACAAGAUCAUCAUGAAGUCCUCCAAGGGCUCCAGGUUCUAUGAGAACGAGAUGAAAAAGGAACAGCAGGUGAACCAGCGCAUUGAGAGGAUGAUGCUGCAGAAAGCACACAUCACUGAGCAACAGUUGAGCAAAGCACAAACACAGGUGGAAAAGAUGACCUUUGACCUGGAGAGGGUUCGUGACUUGAGCCGUGUUAUUGUGCACGUGGAUAUGGAUGCCUUCUACGCUGCGGUGGAGACGAGAGACUGUCCUGACCUGAAGGACAAACCCAUGGCCGUGGGCUCUAUGAGCAUGCUGACAACUUCCAACUACCAUGCAAGGAAGUUUGGGGUCCGUGCCGCCAUGCCUGGCUUCAUCGCGAAGAAGCUCUGCCCAAACCUGGUUAUUGUUCCAACCGACUUUGACAAAUACAGAGCAGUGAGCGCUGAAGUCCAAGAGAUCUUUGCAGACUAUGACCCUCACUUCCUUCCCAUGAGUCUGGACGAGGCCUACCUGGACAUCAGUGGGCACCUGGAGCAGAGGAGGGUCUGGCCAGAGGCCCUGCGUACCCACCGUCUCCGGACCAACGACACUGGGACAGCUACAUCCGUGUCAGUGCCAGUUGAGGAGCAGGGUGAUGGCCUACAGGAGACAGUAGAGGGUCUGUCUCCGGUCCUGUUUGAGGACAGCCCCAGCUCCUCCUCCUGCCCCUUUCUGCAGGAUGCUCCUGGCGGCGGGGCUGGGGGAGACGUGAUUGUGUUUGGGACCUGUGCCGAGGAGGCGGUGAGAGAGAUGCGUUUCCGCAUCGAGCAGAAAACCUCACUUACUGCCAGCGCAGGCAUUGCCCCAAACAUGAUGCUGGCCAAGGUGUGUAGUGAUAAGAACAAACCCAACGGCCAGUACAGACUCCCCUCUAACCGACAGGCUGUCAUGGUAUUCAUACAGGACCUGCCAGUCCGGAAGGUAUCAGGCAUUGGGAACGUGACAGAGAAGAUGCUGGGAGCUCUAGGUAUCACCAGCUGUAUCCAUCUUGGCCAGGAGAUGGCGCUGCUGGCCUUGCUGUUCUCUGAGACAUCCUGGCACCACUUCCUCGACAUCUCCCUGGGCUUGGGCUCCACACACAUCGAGAGGGACGGGGAGAGAAAAAGCAUGAGCACAGAGAGGACAUUUGGAGAGAUGGUUGCAUUAGAGGAGCAGUCCUCUCUGUGCAGGCAGCUGUGUCAAGACCUGGCUCAGGACCUGCAGAAGGAGGCUCUCAAGGGCAAGACAGUGACGUUGAAGCUUAAAAAUGUCAACUUUGAAGUGAAAACCAGAGCGUGGACAUUGCCGUGUGCCGUUGCUACGAGUGACGAGCUCUUUGCUGUCGCUAAGGACUUGCUGAAGACUGAGAUUGACAACGUCAGCCCCCAGCCACUGAGACUGAGGCUCAUGGGCAUUCGAGUUUCCAGCUUUGUCAGCGCUGACGACAAGAAACCCCAGCAGAAGAGCAUUGUGGGAUUCCUCCAGAAAGGCAGGGCUGACACCAGUAGCUCCUCACAGAUCUCCUCCCACAAGCCUGUGAAAGAUCGUCAACCUAAGCCUCCAGGCCAUACCCAGCCCUUUCCUUCACUGGUACAGCAGAGCCAGGGGCAGGAGGAUCACCCAUGGGUACCCAGCUGGGGAGUAGUGGAGGUGGGGAGGACUGGGGAGCAGCAGCAGUCCUUCUUCCAAAAAGCUCGCGCCCAGAGGCUGCGGCUGCAAGCUGAGAGAGAGGACCCACCAGAGGAUGGAAAGUGGAACGUCUUAGAGACCAGACUGGGCCCAGCCUCAUCAGCCACUAAGCCCAAACAGACACAGACACCCAUUCAGAAGAAUCCAAAUACAUCAGCAGAGACACACUUCUCUAUGAGUGCAUUGACAGCUUCUGACAACAUGACACAUGCACCUACAGCCAGCAGCACAGAGGCCCAUGUGUCUACUUCAUUGUGCUGGUCCACAGAGCCAGGGACAGACAGUCUGACCUGCCCUGUGUGCUUCAGGGAGGUGAACAUCACAGACCUGACAGUCUUCAACAGACAUGUUGACCAGUGUCUCAGUGGGGUUCCUAUGGAGCACAACAUUCACACAGACACAGAACUAGAGAGAGGCUCCAGUGUCUGUGAGGAGGAGGUAGAGAAAGAGAGGGAAGGGGAGAUUGAGAAAGAGAUAGCUGAAGGGGAAAGGAGGAGGGAGGAUAGAUUGGAGAAAGGUAGGGACCCACUCAGUAGGUGCAUGUUGGACUCAUUGGGCCUUCGAUUGGACUCUAGUGCAGGUGAUAAUAAAGGACUACUUCUGUAUGAGACUAGUACAACUAAUAUUUCACUAAACGCUGUGGCCCUGAACCCUGUCUGCCUUAACACUUGUCCAAAUGGAGGUGUGUCUAUACCUAGAGUUACAGACCCUAACAUCCUGAAGGGUUCAUCUCAAAGUGACCCUUGUGUUCAUCCGUUGUCCCCAGGUGGCCCUUGGCCAAUGACUAUGCCCAAGUUUGAGUCACAUGACCCCAGAGAACCCGCCCUCACCUGCCCAGUGUGUCAGGUGACACAGGACACCGAUAACCUCACCCUCUUUAACCGACACGUUGACCUCUGUCUAAACCAGGAGGUCUUACAUGAGCUUGAAGGACUGGCGUCUGUGGACUGCACCACCCACAAUGCAACACCUGCUGCCCACAAAGAGCGAGAGCAGCCCCUGCGGAGAGCGCCACAGAAAGGCAAGAGCAAAAGGAGAGGCUCGUCUCCCCCGCCCCCAUCUAAGAAGGUCAAAGCCCUGGGCCCAGCUCGGAACACCAUCGACAAGUUCUUUAGGUGACAACACACACGAAGACCAAGAGGAUGGCAUGUUAUUCUCAGACGGUGAUGAAGACUGACUGUUACCUGGAUCUCAGGUGAAUGGAGUGCUGGUGACCUCACUAGAAACCAUACCUACCUACCUAGUACUUCUUGGAUUGCUGACCAUUUGGAUUGCUUACUCAAGAAAUGAAGAUGCACUUUCUUCUUUCUAUAAUGUUAGUUUUUAUGUAUGUUGUUCAUUCUUUAAUGUCAUAAUGGUCAUAAAUUGCUUUAUUUAUUUAUUGUACUGCUAUAAUUGAUCAUGCACUAGCUGCGGCUAAAUGAGGGGACUGUGUGUGUUUUGCACCAUUUUAGAUGUAAAGAAGAAGGUGCACAAUGGAUGUGAAGAAUAGGGGUUAGAAUAACUAAACAGUAGAUUACAUUUUUUAAAUACACUGAACAAAAAUAUAAAUGCAGCAUAUAGUGUUGGUCUGCACAAAAAGUUUAUUUCUCUCAACUUUUGUGCACAAAUUUGUUUACAUCCCUGUUACUGGGCCUUUCUCCUUUGCCAAAAUAAUCCAUCCACCUGAUAAGUGUGGCAUAUCAAGAAGAUUAAAUAGCAUGAUCAUUACACAUGUGCGCAUGUGCUGGGGACAACAAAGGGCACUCUAAAAUGUGCCGUUUUGUCACACAACACAAUGCCACUGACAUCUCAAGUUUUGAGGGAGCGUGCAAUUGGCAUGCUGACCGCAGGAAUGUCCACCAGAGCUGUUGCCAGAUAAUUAAAUGUAAAUUUUUCUACCAUAAGACGCCUCCGUCGUUUUAGAGAAUUUGGCAGUGCCUCACAACCGCAGACCAGGUGCAACCACGCCAGCCCAGGACCUCCACAUCUGGCUUCUUCAACUGCGGAAUCAUCUGAGAUCAGCCAUCUGGACAGCUGAUUAAACUGUGGGUUUGCACAACCAAAAUAUUUCUGCACAAACUGUCUCAGGGUAGCUCAUCUGCAUGCUCAUUGUCUUCAUUAGGGUCUUGAUCUGACUGUAGUUCGGCAUCGUAACCGACUUCAUUUGGGAAAAAUGCUCAUCUUCGAUGGCCACUGGCUCUUCCCAGAUUAAUCAUGGUUUCAACUGUACCGGGCAGAUGGCAGACAGCAUGUAUGGCAUCGUGUUGGCGAGCGGUUUGCUGAUGUCAACAUUGUGAACGGAGUGCCCCAUGGUGGCGGUGGGGUUAUGGUAUGGGCAGGCAUUAGCUACGGAUAAUGAACACGAUUGCAUUUUAUCGAUGGCAAUUUGAACACAGAGAUAUCGUGACGAGAUCCUGAGGCCCAUUGUUGUGCCAUUUAUCCACCAACAUCACCUCAUGUUUCACCAUGAUAAUGCACGGCCCCAUGUCGCAUGGAUCUGUACACAAUUUCUGGAAGCUGGAAAUGUCCCAGUUCUUCAUGGCCUGCAUACUCUUCAUAUAUGUCACCCAUUGAGCAUGUUUGGGAUGCUCUAGAUCAACGUAUACGACAGCGUGUUCCAGUUCCCGCCAAUAUCGAGCAACUUCAAAGAGGAGUGGGACAACAGCGUGAUCAACUCUAUGCGCUGCAUGAGGCAAAUGGUGGUCACACCACAUACUGACUGAUUUUCUGAUCCAUGCCCUACCUUUUUUUUUUUUAAGUUAUGCAUCUGUUGGUGACAUCUGUAUUCCCAGUCAUUGUGAAAUCCAUAGAUUAGGGCCUAAUUUAUUUAUUUAAAUUGACUGAUUUCCUUAUAUGAAUGGUAACUCAGUAAAAUCUUUGCAAUUGUUCCAUGUUAAGUUUAUAUUUUUGUUCAGUGUAUUAUAGUUUUGCAUAAGGAAACUUAAAUAUCUAAAUUAUUUUAGAUUAUAUUUAAAUGUGCAUUUAGUAUUUAAGAUGUUUCCACAAGAAUAUUGCUCAAAGUUAUCACCAUGUUGACAUUUGCUGAAUGAACUGUGUUGGCAAUCAA